GAUGGAAGAUUGGGGUUUUGGACGGGAUAUUUAGCUGCAAUAGGAGGUCAAAAUGACUCGUAUUUGUCAGAUUUGAAUCAUGCUCUUGCGAACCCUAUAAUUCGCAGGUUUUUCUCCACUGAAGCGCCGAAGAAUAAGAAAAAUUAUGAGAAUUUCUACCCAAAGGAGAAGAAGGAAAUACCAAAAGGAAAUGAGCAGAAAUCUGAGUCCAAAGGACAAAGUGCCUCUUGCUUGCUCGGCUGGCUAGCAUCACCAAAUUUUUAGGCAUGUUUCAAUCUGGAACUUGGAAAAGGGUAAUGUGUGUACCUUAAUCUACUAAGGGUCAUGUUUGUUUUGGGUGUAUUGAAGUGGGAGGGGAGAGUGGUUGUUGUAGCCUAUGAUAGGUUUGGUGUUGAAGAUUUAUUGUACAUCUAUUUAUACCCAAAUUGUUAUAUUUAUACCCAAUUUGUUAUAUUAGACAACUGGUGGUCCGGGAGGAACUGAAGAAAAUUAGAUUUUUGAGGUUUUGGUUUGGCUGUACAUGGGCAAAUUACAGUGGCAAA